AACGCAAGGGCUGUUUCCUGUCAGCCUCAGUUUCACCCAUUUCUUGGAGUUAGCCCACCGCCUGUGCUUGCUUCUUUCUUGAGCAGCUUGCCUCAGUCUUCACUAGACCCUCUUUCUAGCUUGUCUUCUGCACUACUGACAGAGCCAUGGCUGCCAAACCCUCCACUGCUGCCGAGAAAGCUCUCCAGAAGAUCCAGGACCAGGUCACCUGUGGGAUAUGUCUGGAGCCCUACAAACAGCCAAGGCUGCUCAAGUGCUUCCACGUGUAUUGCGAGCAGUGCCUGCAACGUCUGGUACGUGGGGGACGAGAGGGACAGAGUCUCCCAUGUCCACAAUGUCGCCAGGACACUCCACUGCCAGUGGGUGGAGUCCCGGGGCUCCAAGGAGCCUUCUACAUCCACUACCUCUUUGACAUCCAAGAUGCCCUCAAGAAAGUGAGCUCCAGCGACCAAACCAUGUGCAACAAGUGCAAGAAGUUCGAAGCGGUUUGUUUUUGUCGUACUUGCGGGUUUGCAUGCCAGCGCUGCAAGGAAAUCCAUCAGGAUUGGGAUGAAUUGAAAACCCACGAAUUUAUCGACCUAGACACCUUGACUGGAGACGUGACCACCCUCGUUCCUCCUCUCAAGAAGACUCUCUUUUGUGCCACUCAUCCGUCAAAGAAGGCAAAGCUCUACUGCGAGACGUGCGACGAGUUGAUAUGUCGAGACUGCAUCGUUCGUGUUCAUCGCGACCACCAGUACGAUCUGGUGCCCGAGUCGUUUGCCAAGCAAGAGAAAGUGAUCGUGGACUCUCUCAAGCCAGUGGAAGAACAGAUUGCUACGUUAGAAAGAGCCGUUGAGUCGGUGGACACUCAAAGUGCUGCAGUCGUAGAACAGAAGACGGCUGUGGUGGCAGAGAUCCGGACUGCCAUGGCACACCUGCGACAAGCUCUAGAGGCGAGGGAGACAGAGCUGGUGGGUCAAGCUGAGCAGACGGCACAGCAGAAACUGAAGACCUUGGCAGCACAGCGAGACGGGUUUGAACUGCAACUGGGCCAGCUGAGGAGCUGCCAGGACUUUGUGGAGGAGAGCCGACGUACUUGCAGCCAGGGGGAGAUUCUGAGGAUGAAGAGUCCUCUCGUGAAACAAGUCAUCGACCUGACAGGCAGCUUCAAGCCAGAGACAUUGGCUCUUGCCGAGCAAGCCGACAUGGUGUUUGCUCACAGUCUGCCUGAGCUUGUGAAGACUUGCCAGCAGUUUGGUAAGGUGUACUGUCAUCCAGUGUGCCCUGAGAAGUGUCGAGCCUCAGGUGAAGGAAUCAAGGUAGCCACGAGAGGGCAAACAGUGGCUGUCUCUGUAGAGGCUUUAGAUAGGGAGGGAGAAGCCUACCUCAGACCUGUAGACAGCUUGAGGUGUGAGCUAGUUGCUAGCGAUGGCAGCAGUCGAGUCAGGGGCACUGUGAAGAGAAGAAAUCAGAACAUCUACGACAUCAGCUACCAGCCUCAGGUCACUGGAGAACAUCAACUACACAUUCUAAUAGAAGAGCACCCGAUCUUGAACAGUCCGUUCACUGUCACCGUUCUACCCAACUUCACUGCCCCAGCCAACAUCAUUGGAGACCUCAAUGCACCAUAUGGUAUAGCAGUUAGGGAGGGAGGUGAGGUUGUAGUAGCAGAACGGAGUUAGUCACUGCAUAUCAAUCAUCAGUGGAAAUGGAGAGAGAACAUCAUUUGGUACUCGUGGCUCAGGUCGUGGUCAGUUCAUCUUCCUGAAGGUGUAGCAAUAGGCAAUGGAGGAAACAUUCUUGUGGCUGACUAUGGCAACCAUCGUAUUACAGCAGUGGUCGUCCACUGGCAACCACUCAGAACAGUCGGUACCAGGCAGUGGACCUCUUCAGUUCCAGUAUCCUGGAGUAUGGCUUUUCAUCCUCACACUGGCAAGGUGUAUGUUGCUGACAGUUGCAACCACAGAAUUCAGGUUCUGAACUCUGACCUCACAUACUCCAGUAGUUUUGGUAGGGAGGGCUCUAACAAUGGAGAGUUCAGUUAUCCUUGUGAUGUAGCUACAGACAGAGAUGGCAAUGUGUAUGUAGCUGUUCGUCACAACCACAGAAUCCAGGUCUUCACAGUCGAUGGAGUCUACUUGAGGCAGUUUGGGAAGAAGGGAGAAGGAGAGGGCGAACUAAACUGGCCAGUCAGUAUCGCUAUUGGCUCUAGCAAUGUGGUGUAUGUUGGUGAAUACGGGAACAAUCGAAUAUCAAUAUUCUCUACUGAUGGAGAGUUUAUCAAGUCAUUUGGUAGAGAGGGAAAAGGUCCUGUGGAGUUCAGUAGUCCAUUUGGACUAGCAGUUGACAAGAAAGGAACACUGUAUGUCAGUGAUUGUGGGAACCAUCGUAUAC